CAUGCAGCGGAUGUCAUAUGUCGUACGUGUCGGUGUAUCCCUCUGCAACCUAUAGCUCACACUUACUAAGAGAUUUCAACCGCGCCAUACAUAUGAGCUCUCUACUUUGCAUCUAUUCAGCCAUAAUUAGAACUACAAAGACAUUAUUCUGCCUAUAGGAUCAAUUCUGUGGAAUAUUGGAACUAACAUUAACAUAUUUGCGAAGAAUGUUUGGAGGUAUUUCUACUCCGGUGUUGGUUGUUUGUCUCGCAGCCAGCGUGGCGAGAUCGGCUCUGGUUCGGGGCAAGAGAUCAUGGGACCAUCUUGAUAUUACUCCGUAUGGUCACUGCGGAAAGCCCAACAAUCACAUCUCACAUGGAGGUAUCAAGCUAUUCCCUGUCACCGACAUUGAUGAUCACCAUGACAACUCCUGCAAUGUACCGGACCCCUCCUGGCUCUUUUGUGAGCCCAAGUUCUACUGUGAUGAUGGGUACAAGAUGAAAGGCGUCAUAAAUCUCUUGUGCGUGCACAAUAAUGUGACCGAUGAAUACAAGUGGGAGGGACAGAUCCCAACCUGCGUUUGGAGCCAAUCCGGCCAUCGAGUCGUGAUUUAUGUUGUGCCCGGGGUUGGACUACUUGUAUCAGUUAUCAUCUUUGUAGUCUGCACCGCGCUCAGAUCAUCAUCGGGUUAUGCUCGGUUUGGUCGCAGUGACAUUUAAGUGCCCUGUGACGUCACUACUCCGAACACACAUGCUAAAUAUGGUUCACAAGAUGCGACCUCUCCACCUCCGCCCUACAACUUUACGGGAGCGGUGGCACCCCUGUGGCUUGGCCCGCCAUCUACAGUUUAGAAUAAGCCGAAAUACAGAACCCAGUGAGAAGAAUGCAAACAUCUGAUAUAAAUAAUGCCGAAGAAUACUUUAAAAAUAGAUUUCACUCAACUGUGACAAGUUUUACAAUUUCUAUCAAUGACAUGUGUAACUUCAUACAAUAUAAUGAUCAACUGGGCAUUAUUUAGUUCUCUUUAUAAUUACUGAUGACAUAUUGGGGAUGCACAAAACGUUGUUUUUACUAGUUCAUUCUGAUUUGCAUGAAGUUUGUAUUUCUAAACAAUGUCAAUGAACUUACAAACAAUUUGAUGUAGAAUUAUUCAUACCCUUACCAAGUUUUGUAAUGUUCUAGGUAUGUGAAGAAAACAUUUAUUUGUCCCGAUUUAAAGCUUAUAUCUAAAAUUAUUUGACAAUAAAGGUCAAAAUUAAACCAAUCCACCUUUCAUUUUUUAGUUACGAAAAACACCCCCCCCCCCCAAAAAAAAAAAAAAAAAAAAAAAUCAAAUCAAAUCAAAAUCAAAAUCAAAAUCAAUCAAAUGUACAACGAGUGUGAAUAAUUUAGCUGUUUACUGUAGAUAAGAAUAUCGAUUUCGAAUAAUAGGAUGUUUCCCCUUAAUAAUUUGAAGAAAGAAGUUGUAAUGUCACGAUGGUACAUUACCAUUGAACAGGUUGAUAUGAAAUUGGUUUGUUGGUGUGUUUCAAGUUUUUUUUUCCGUAUUAUAGGUUUGGGGUUAGUUUAAGGAUUACUGUUAACCUUAAUAUUUUAUGAAUUCAGCAUCAAGGGAUUUGAUAUGUACUAUUUUACAUGAAGAUUAUUGCUCUAAAGAUAAAAGGGACAUAAACUGUGAAUUAUGUCAGUUAAUUCUUACUUCAUCCAACUAGAAUCAUUGGUUGAUUUAGAUAUAAUUUACAAAGUGGUAUAUGUUUUUGUUUGUUUUAUGUCACAGUUCUUUUGUCGUACUUAUGUUGUAAUAUACAACUUUGAAUUGGUAUUUGACGUGUAAACAAUAUGUAGGUUGUAAAGGUUGUUGAUUGCACACAAUAUAUAGAUAUAAUGACUGCUAUUAGAGGGGUAGUUGUUUUUAUAGGCUCAAGGGACGUUACAUCUUGCUAUCACCCCUAGGCGUGCCGAGGGGGUGAUGGCAGGAUGUAACAUCCCCGAGAGCAUAACUAUAAAACUAAAUAUGCCUCGAAUAUUAAACAUUCAUAUCUUCAUAUCUUUUAUAUACCGGAUUGACAAAAAAAUA